CACGUGGAUUCGGUGGAGAAACUCGGGAUCAUGGCGGGAGCCGAGAGUCCAAACGCAGCCGGGGUGGAGGCUCCGCCGCCCCAGAAACGCUACUACCGGCAGCGUGCCCACUCCAACCCCAUGGCUGACCACACGCUGCGCUACCCUGUGAAGCCAGAGGAGAUGGACUGGUCUGAGCUAUAUCCAGAGUUCUUUGCUCCACUCACUCCAAAUCAGAACCACGAUGACCCAAAGGAUGAGAAAGAAAAGAGAGCUCAGGCCCAAGUGGAGUUUGCAGACAUAGGCUGUGGCUAUGGUGGCCUGUUAGUGGCACUGUCACCACUGUUCCCAGACACGCUGAUUCUGGGUCUGGAGAUCCGGGUGAAGGUCUCGGACUAUGUACAAGACCGGAUUCGGGCCCUACGCGCAGCUCCCGGAGGUGGCUUCCAGAACAUCGCCUGUCUCCGUAGUAAUGCCAUGAAGCACCUUCCUAACUUCUUCCGCAAGGGCCAGCUGACGAAGAUGUUCUUCCUCUUCCCUGACCCACAUUUCAAGCGGACGAAGCACAAGUGGCGAAUCAUCAGUCCCACACUGCUGGCAGAAUAUGCCUACGUGCUGAGAGUUGGGGGGCUGGUGUAUACCAUAACCGAUGUGCUAGAGCUACACGACUGGAUGUGCACCCAUUUCGAAGGGCACCCCCUGUUUGAGCGUGUGUCUCUGGAGGACCUGAGUGAAGACCCCAUCGUGGGACAUCUAGGCACCUCAACUGAGGAGGGAAAGAAAGUUCUACGCAAUGGAGGAAAGAAUUUCCCUGCCAUCUUCCGAAGAAUACAGGAUCCCACCCUCCAGGCAGUGACUCCCAAUCCCACCCUGCCCGGGCACUGACUAUUCAGCCUCUCUUUCUUAGCUGGACCCCAGCUUCCAGGGACUGGGAAGAAAAUCAGGACCCCAGGCCUUUUCAACUGAGACUACUGGGGCCAAGAAGCAGUAAUCUUGAAAAGAAGCUGAGGGGCUGCCUAAGACAGAACCCUGGUGCUCACAACUACCCUGGCUCCUCUCACCUCAUCUGUCCAUCCCUUGCUGCCAGCAGAAAACAAAAGCUGACUGGGAAGCUCAAAGGACUUUGGACCCAGGGGAUCUUUGGAAGGGUGUGGGGUCUUGUUUUCCCUUAGGGCUCCCUUCUUGUGAGACCUCGCCUCAGCUGGAGGAAGAACACAGUGCUACGCUGUCCUUGUAAACUACCUGCUAGGUUCAGA